UCCCUUCCCUCGUCCUCUUCCCUCACCUUUUCCAGCAACCGCUCCCCGGCGCGGUGGUGGCAGAGUCCGGCUGGAUGGAUCGUCAGCAUCAUGGCGAUUGAUGGUGGAGAACGAACUUGUGGUGUCCAUGAACUUAUAUGUAUCCGCAAAGUAUCUCCUGAGGCGGUUGGCUUCCUUUCUGCUGUUGGGGUGAUUAUUAUACUCAUGAUCCUCCUUUUUCUAUAUAUCAACAAAAGACUGUGCUUUGAGAAUAUAGGAGAAUUUCCAUGCCUUGAUGCAGAAUACAGGGCCAACAAAGAUUUAUCAGACAACAGCCAUAACAACUAUGGUGAUGGAGAACACCAUGGUACCUCAUCAGACAGUGAAGAUGAGGUGCUUGGCAAAUACCACGAGGCUUUGUCCAAAAUACAGAUCGUCUCUGGUGCAGCAUCAGACAGCAGACACAAUCAGAAGGGUUAUGUGUGGGAAUCCAGACUCAAGUAUAGUCCCCUUUCAGCUGAAUAUGAUGGCUACAGCAGUGAGGCAUCUGCAGAUGAAGAGCACUGUAUUCAGAGGAUGAGGAGGACACCCCCACUUGAUGAACUUCAGCCUCCUCCUUAUCAGGAUGACAAUGGAUCGCCACAUCUCUCAUACACACCGUCAGAGCUUGAUGACAAGUGUGAACUGUCUCAUUCCAGUGCAGAUUGUAAUAGUCCACGCUGUUCAUACAGUAAGUGCCCUAGCGAGGGUAGUGUAGGCCAUGAGACGGAGAGCUACCAUCAAAAAGGAUAUGAAGAGGAUGUUCCCAGUGACAGCACUGCCAUUCUCAGUCCAGAGGACAUGUCAGCUAGAGGAUCUUCUGCACAGCUACCUAAAGCUUAUGAUCCAGAACCUGUAUCGAAGUAUGGUACAUUGGAUGUAAUUUUUGAUUAUGAUUCACAAGCACAGAAACUAGUAGUAACAGUCACAGCAGUUACAGACAUUCCUACAUAUAAUCGAAUUGGCAACAACUCAUGGCAAGUACAUCUUGUGCUUCUUCCCACAAAGAAACAAAGGUCAAAAACAAGUGUCCAACGAGGAUCAUGCCCUGUCUUCACAGAGGAUUUUAAAUUUAAUCGGAUUGAGUCUGAGAUGAUUGGUAAUUAUGCUGUGCGAUUUAGACUCUACAGUAUACGUCGCAUGAAAAAAGAAAGGAUUGUAGGUGAAAAGGUAUUUUAUCUGACCAAGCUGAAUCUGCAAGGCAAGAUGUCAGUUCCAAUUGUGCUGGAGCCAUGUGGCAGCAUCACUGGCUGUGACUCACAAAUGAGCAUGUCUGAGAUGUCCUGUAGUGAAAGCACUUCUUCCUGUCAGUCUCUGGCACAUGGCUCAACACCAGAAAUUCUAGUUGGUCUGCUGUAUAAUGCCACCACUGGCAGACUGUCAGUUGAAGUCAUAAAAGGAAGCCACUUCAAAAACUUGGCAGUGAAUAGACCACCUAAUCAAAUUCACCUCCGUUGCAGAAAAACGAAAAAUAAAUUAGAUACAUAUGUCAAGUUAACAUUGCUGAAUUCUAUGGGUCAGGAGAUGUCCAAAUGUAAGACGUCCAUCCGCCGAGGCCAACCAAAUCCUGUGUACAAAGAAACAUUCAUUUUUCAGGUAGCACUAUUUCAGCUUUCCGAUGUGACACUCAUACUAUCUGUAUAUAACAAACGGAGCAUGAAACGCAAGGAAAUGAUUGGCUGGAUUUCAUUAGGUCUCAACAGUUCAGGUGAGGAAGAGCUGAACCAUUGGACUGAAAUGAAGGAAUCAAAAGGACAGCAAGUUUGUCGAUGGCAUUCAUUAUUGGAAUCGUAA